CCCAACACAACCAACCACAUUGGCUAAAAAACUAGGGUUCAAAAAUGGAGCUCUCUCUGUGCCACACAAAAACGCACAACUUUUGCCCUUCCAUCCUCCCCACACGCACAGCCAAAACCCCUGCAACUCCCAACAAUUUAGGGUUCAGACCUAGGAACUGGCAGAACCAUGGGGCGAUCUUAAGGCAGGAAAGCUUGGACCGCAAGAAACCGGCGGUGGCGGUGAGGUGCGGAGACGAGGGAUGCUCAGCCGAGGUGGAAAGCGAGUUGGAGGCGGAGUUGCGGGCGGAAGAAGGAGCGGAGUGGAUGAGGGAAGGGAGGUGGAGCGAGAAGUGCGGAGAUAGAGGAAUGGUGGAGCUUCUGGAGUGUUUGGAGCGUGAGGCGAUCAUGGGGGAAGACGAAGGCAAAGAACCGGACGACUACAACAGAAGGGCUCAAAUAUUUUACAAGAGCUCUAGGGUUUUUCAGGCUCUCAAGAAACGUUCCCAAUCGUGAUUUUUUUUUUCUUAUUUAUUUAUGAAUGCUGAUGGUUGUAAUAAUCGAAUCGUUCGUCCAGUGUUUAUUCGAAUAUAUAACGAUUGUUUUGAUAA